CGUUCUCAGUCAGUCACACCUUACCUUUUGGUUUACGCACUCCCUUAUCGCGUCUCACGAUCAGUUCUAACAAGAAAUAAUUUAUAUUACAUAUUCUAAAAUGUCUUUAGUAAAGAAAACAUUUCAGGGUGCAAUUAAAAUAGGUAUCCGAAGUUACAGUGCUAAUAAUGGUUUUAUUAAACCACCAAAAAUCCUAAUUACCGGUGGCCUUGGACAACUUGGAGUUGAAUGUGCUAAACAUCUACGAGGAAAAUAUGGAAAAGACAAUGUAAUACUUUCCGAUAUAAUUAAACCUUCGACGGAAAUAUUUAACGACGGUCCAUACAUAUUCGCGGACAUCUUGGAUUUCAAAGGAUUACAGAAAAUUGUUGUCGACCAUAGAGUUGACUGGUUGAUACAUUUUUCUGCAUUACUUAGUGCUAUCGGUGAACAAAACGUGCCUUUAGCGGUUCGUGUGAAUAUAGAAGGGAUGCAUAAUGUCAUAGAACUUGCUAAGCAAUAUAACUUAAGGAUAUUUGUGCCAAGUACGAUAGGCGCAUUCGGCCCUGACUCGCCAAGAAACCCGACACCUAAUAUAACAGUGCAACGACCUAGGACUAUCUAUGGUGUGUCGAAGGUGCAUGCGGAAUUGUUAGGCGAAUAUUAUCAUUAUAAGUUCGGAUUAGAUUUCCGUUGUUUAAGAUUCCCCGGAGUUAUUUCAAGUGAUCCACCCGGCGGAGGAACUACAGAUUACGCAAUUGCUAUAUUCCACGAAGUGCUUCGCAAAGGUCACUACGAUUGUUAUUUGAAACCUGACACAAGACUGCCAAUGAUGCACGUCAGAGACGCGCUCCGAGCGCUCUCAGAAUAUCUGGAAGCGCCUAACGAAAUGCUGCAGCGGCGUGUGUACAAUGUAACGUCUAUGAGCUUUACGCCAGAGGAGUUGGCUGACGAAAUGUUCAAACAUUUGCCUGAUUUUACGCUUUCAUAUAAACCAGAUAGCAGGCAGAAUAUUGCGGAUUCCUGGCCACAAGUAUUCGACGACAGCGAGGCUCGACGUGACUGGAACUGGAAGCCAGAAAUAGAUAUGGACAAUCUGGUGAAACUGAUGCUAAAGGAAGUAAAAGAAAAAAUUGCCGCAAACGGAUUAUGAGUAACUCUAAAAACCACGCAAAUUAAUUAUAUUUGAAUACAAUAAGAGCUAAUUUUAUGUAGGUUUUCGCUUAUAAGUUAUUCGUUUUUAGAUAACAGCAUAAACAUUGUGACAAUAUCGAAAAUUAGUAUUUGAACGCAUAUUCUGUUUGAAUUCAUGUUCUGUAUUCGUAAACCAUUGCUAUGACGAAACAAGAAAAUUGUGAACAUUUUUCCUUCUUAAGAUACUUUUAAAAUAUUAUUUAUAUUUAGCUUAAAUGUAC